UGCGUACACGUUAGCGUGUACCUAGACACAGCGUGGGAAAUAUCGAGCUGCGUAACACCACCGAUGAAGACCAUCAAAGACAAUCUGUCUUCUGUCUAUUUGGAUUUGGAAGAAGAAGCAGGUUUGCAGUUGGGAGAUCCAGAAGGCAAAGUAGUAACAGGAAAAAUUUUCCACAUUGUAGAAGAUGAUUUAUAUAUAGAUUUUGGAUGGAAAUUUCACUGUGUGUGCUCUAGGCCAAAAAAGAACGGCAGUAGUUACAUUAGAGGAUCCAAAGUACGGCUGUUGGUUAAAGAUUUGGAGUUAUCUUCAAAGUUCUUAGGAUUCGAAAAGGAUUUAACUCUAUUGGAAGCUGAUUGUCAUAUACUAGGACUAAUGCAAGAAAGAAACUUAAAUCUACAAGAUAACAAAAACUCACAGUAGUUAUUAGUUUUAAUAAUUUAUUUAAUAAAGUACACGUUUUGUUAGA